GCUUGGCUUCCCCACCCUGGUAGGAGGCAGAGGCUGGGUGAGAGCAGCUGCUCUCAGACUCUACUUCCUUGGCCUUCUGUUGGCUGUGCCCAGCUGGACCUUUGUCCCUGAUUCUCCUGUGAGACUGGGCACCUGCCGUGCCAGGUCCCCACCUCCCUCCCCAUGAAUACUGUGGAAAGUCCUGAGGGGCAGGAGCUGCAAAAGCUGGGGAGCGGAGCCUGGGACAACCCUGCUUACAGUGGCCCCCCUUCCCCACAUGGGACGGUUAGGAUCUGUACCAUCUCCAGUGUGGUGAUCCCCCACCCCCAACCCAAGAAGCUUGAAGACAGACCCCAGGAGAAGACACACAAGACCCUGGUGUCCAGCUGCUGCUUCCUUAUCUGUCGUGGCAUCAGAGGACUCUGGGGAACAAACCUAACUGAGAACACAGCCGAGAACCGGGAUCUUUAUGUCAAGACCACUCUGCGGGAGCUUCUGGUGUACAUUGUGUUCCUGGUGGACAUUUGUCUGUUGACCUAUGGAAUGACAAGCUCCAGUGCCUAUUACUACACCAAAGUGAUGUCUGAGCUCUUCUUGCAUACCCCGUCUGAUACAGGAGUCUCCUUCCAGGCCAUCAGCAGCAUGACAGAUUUCUGGGAUUUUGCCCAGGGUCCACUCCUGGACAAUUUGUACUGGACCAAGUGGUACAACAACCAGAGCCUGGGCCAUGGCUCCCACUCCUUCAUCUACUACGAGAACCUGCUGUUGGGGCUUCCAAGGCUGCGGCAGCUGCGGGUGCGCAAUGACUCCUGUGUGGUGCAUGAGGACUUCCGUGAGGACAUUUUGAGCUGCUAUGAUGUCUACUCUCCAGACAAAGAGGAGCAACUUCCUUUUGGGCGUCUCAAUGGCACAGCAUGGACAUACCACUCACAGGACGAGCUAGGAGGCUCCUCCCACUGGGGCAGGCUCACAAGCUACAGCGGAGGUGGCUACUACCUGGACCUUCCAGAAUCCCGACAGGCCAGCGCAGAGGCACUCCGGGACCUUCAGGAAGGGCUGUGGCUGGACAGGGGCACUCGGGUGGUCUUCAUCGACUUUUCUGUCUACAACGCCAACAUCAAUCUUUUCUGUGUUCUGAGACUGGUGGUGGAGUUCCCUGCUACAGGAGGUGCCAUCCCAUCCUGGCAAAUCCGCACGGUGAAGCUGAUCCGCUAUGUCAGCAACUGGGACUUCUUCGUUGUUGGCUGUGAAGUCAUCUUCUGUGUGUUCAUCUUCUACUACGUGGUGGAGGAGAUACUGGAGCUCCACAAGCAUCGGCUUCGCUACCUCAAUAACAUCUGGAACAUACUGGACCUGGUGGUCAUCUUGCUUUCCAUUGUGGCCAUGGGCUUCCACAUAUUCCGAACCCUGGAGGUGAAUCAGCUGUUGGGGAAGCUGUUGCAGCAGCCAAACACAUAUGCUGAUUUCGAGUUCCUGGCCUUCUGGCAGACACAGUACAACAACAUGAGUGCCGUCAACCUAUUCUUUGCCUGGAUCAAGAUAUUCAAGUACAUCAGCUUCAACAAAACCAUGACCCAGCUCUCCUCCACGCUAGCCCGAUGUGCCAAGGACAUCCUGGGGUUUGCCGUCAUGUUCUUCAUUGUCUUCUUCGCUUAUGCCCAGCUUGGCUACCUGCUUUUCGGGACCCAAGUGGAAAACUUUAGCACUUUCAUCAAGUGCAUUUUCACUCAGUUCCGGAUAAUCCUUGGGGACUUUGACUACAAUGCUAUCGACAAUGCUAACCGCAUCCUAGGCCCUGUCUACUUUGUCACCUACAUCUUCUUCGUCUUCUUUGUGCUCCUGAACAUGUUCUUGGCCAUCAUCAAUGACACAUACUCAGAGGUCAAGGAGGAGUUGGCUGGACAGAAGGAUGAGCUGCAACUUUCUGACCUCCUGAAACAGGGUUACAACAAGACCCUACUAAUGCUGCGUCUGAGGAAGGAGCAGGUUUCAGAUGUGCAGAAGGUCCUGCAGAGUGGAGAACAGGAGAUCCAGUUUGAGGAUCUCACCAAUACCUUGAGAGGACUGGGCCAUGCCGAGCAUGAGAACACCGAGCUAACGGCUGCCUUCACCAAGUUUGAUCAGGAUGGGAAUCGCAUUCUGGAUGAGAAGGAACAGGAACAAAUGCGACAAGAUCUGGAGGAGGAAAAGGUGGUCCUCAGUGCUGAGAUUGAGAACAUGGGCCAGUCCAUUGCACAUAGCCCACCAGGAGAACUGGGCACAGAGGCUACCAAAGCAGGAGGCUGGGUUUCAGGAGAAGAAUUCUACACGCUCACAAAGAGAGUUCUGCAGCUGGAGACUGUUCUAGAAGGAGUAUUAUCCCAGAUUGAUGCUGUGGGCUCAAAGCUAAGAAUGCUGGAGAGGGACAGCCGGUUCCUCCCCAGGAGUGACAGGCUGUGUCGGAUUCAAGCCAAAAUGACAGCUGUGGGGUAUGACUGCGGGAAUGGGUGCCGCCUCAGUGUCAGACAUCGUGACUCCCCGCAGCGGACUCAUUCACGAUAG